AUGGGCGUGUUCACUUUCGCAAAUGAAUACAUUUCCACAAUCCCUCCGGCAAAAUUGUUCAAGGCCCUGGCUGUGGACUCACAUAACCUAAUCCCCAAACUUAUGCCUCAAGCUAUUAAGAGCAUUGACAUCAUCCAAGGCGAUGGAGGGACUGGAACCAUUAAGCAGAUCAACUUCAUUGAAGGUGGUCACCUUAGCAGCAUGAAGAAUCGUGUGGAUGAGCAGAACCUAGAGACAUUAACGUACAAGUAUACCAUGAUUGAUCUUAAGGAGAAGUUUAAAUCUAUUGUUUACGAAGUCAAAUUCGAGCCAACACCGGAAGGCGGGAGCCAGAACAAGAUGACGAGCACAUACUACACAAAGGGAGAGGUUGAGCUUAAAGAAGAGGAUGUUAAGGCAAGCAAAGAGCGAGCCUUCAGAAUGUACAAGAUCGCAGAAGCAUACCUCCUCCAAAACCCCGAUGCUUAUGCUUGAAACUUCACAUGCUCUCUCGAGUAAUUUAA